CGCUUACUUGAAUAAAUCAGUUGCUUGCCAGAUUUUACCAGCCGUUGACACUGAAAAAUGCUUGUGUGGGCGAGCAGUUAGCGAGUGCUGCAAUCGGCAUUGUCCAAUCGCACUCUGCAAGCGAUCUAUGCUGGUGCAACGAAAUUCUCAAGCUUAUCGGCGCUUGUAAAUACUUACAACCAUACGCGUGUGGCCAACGCUCGGCGGCUUCAUGCAAUCGCUUGGCGCAACAACAAUAAGUGAAGAAAAAAAUAAUUAACAUCACUUGAAUUGCUCUCGUAUUGCCAGGGAAAGUGCGUAAACAAAUAAAUCUGGUGCAAGUGACAGAAGGUUAACGGUUGAGGGCUCUUCAUGGCGCUGGUGGCGACUUGUAAGAAUUUCAUAAUACUCAUAAUUACAAAUUGAAUUUUUUUCCAUCACUUAAUUGAGUUGUUUGUGCGUGGGGUAGUUCGCUAUAAAAGCAAGUGAAAAAUUUAAUUCGGGUUUCAGUUCGGUUUUUACUGUUUGAACGAAAUCAGUUUGGCAAAUGCAAAGAUAUCUUAGCAUAUAUACUGUGUUGAAUGAAAAUUGAGAUUAUAAGCAUCUGAUAAAAAAAAUUGAAUACAAACUUUUAUACAAAAAAAAAAAUAUAAUAAAUAAAUAAAAAAAAAAUAUUGAAAAAUUAUUGUGACAAAUAUAACAGCCUAAGACUUCACGAAACGUAUUCCAAAUCUCAAAGUAAUCCAGGAAAAAUUUAAAAUAUUUCCACUGAAAUGAAAACAACUGAAUUCCUUUGUGUGCUGCUUCUGCUAGUUGUGCUCUGCAGUCCCCAUGCUUCCUCAGUCAAGAGUUGCAGUUACACCGCACUGACCGGCGGCCCUCAAGUGGUAACGUACGAUGCCGCCACAGAUAAGAGCGUGGAAUAUGUGGAUUAUGGCAGCAAUACAAAUGGUAUCUGCGUACAGCGCGCGCGGUGCAGUAGGGAAUAUGUGACGCAAGUGAUCAAAUGCAGCGAUCUGCGCAUAACUUGUGAAAAUCGCAAAUUAUUUGAGGGAGAGUUUCCGGCCUGCUGUGUGAAGUGUUGACAUAAGAAGAGAGCAGAUGUUUAAGUCUUCACAUAGUAAGAAGAAAAUUAUAAAAAUGGAAACAAUAAAAAAUGUGAAAGAAAAUUA